GCGAGUCAGUCGGCGAAUCGGCCGUGCAGUCGCGAGGUGUACACACAGACUCUCCUCCCCGAUCUCUCGUUCUCGUGUACAUAAUAAUAUACAUAUACGCACGUAAUAGGAACAUAACGCAGCUGCCUGCAUCAGCUGGUAUAUAAUAGUAUCCGUUGUACAGUGGCUCGGGCACACCGUAUAGCUCAUCUGUACAAAGUUUGUGUACGACGGACGACGCGACAAGUGCGCGACGGCGCUCGCUCUGUGUGGCUGUGUAUAUAUGCGCGUGUGUGUGUGCAAAUAGCUGCGCUGGAUUAACGUUUGACGUGCAGUGGGAGGAGGGGCCGAGUAUACGGCGAGCAGCGUAACCCGGGCGUAGGCGAGCUUCCGACUCGGCCGUGCGGUGGCGCGUAGUGCUUCUCGUCAUCAUCAUCGUCGUCGUAAUCAUCGUAACCUGCUCCUCGCCUUAACCAAAGUCGCGGAGUGGCGCGCUCUUCUGCUUUUUUCGCUGCACAGCACGCAGGACACGGAGUAUAAACAAAGCCAAAGAAGCUGUGACGCGGGCGUUUGAAAAAAACCGCGACGACCCGCGCGCGCGCACACGCGGAGAAUAAGAGCCGCAAGAGGCGGAGGGGGAGGAGGAGAACGCGCCCUCGCGCGAGGGGAGGGAGAGGACUGCGAGAGUCGACGUUGCUGACAUGGCGUCGCCGCCGCGCACGGCCGAGUAGGUAGUAGUCCGCGCGAGCACACGUCGCGAGGAGGAGAGGAGAGGAGAGGGAGAGAAUAUACGCGCCGACCAGCGGAGGAGCGAAGCAGCGCAGCAGCACGUCCUCCCCGACGACCUCAGUUGCCGGGAGCCGAGUAUGCCCAGAUCAGCCGGAAGGAGUUGCACGUGAUAGGAGCAGACGGCCCAUGAAGAGGAGAGCCCGAGCGCGCGAGAGUAGAUGAGAGAGUAGAGGGAGAGAAAGAGAGGAAGCUACGAGUAUAAGGAGAGCCAAGAGAAGCAAGCGAGGAAACAGUAAAAAGAGAUACAGUCAAGCGGUCCCAUGUUAGCGGACAUCAACGGCAACCUGGCGGAUCUGAGAAGCGAAGCUGCCAUGGCGUCGCAGAGGUUCUGUCUGCGCUGGAACAACCACCAGAGCAAUCUGCUCUCCGUGUUCGAUCAGCUCCUGCACGACGAGUCCUUCGUCGAUGUCACUCUCGCCGUCGAGGGACAGCUGCUCAGGGCGCACAAGAUGGUGCUCUCGGCCUGCAGUCCCUACUUUCAGGCGUUGUUCACCGGCCACCCGGACAAGCACCCGAUCGUCAUCCUGAAGGACGUGCCCUACGUGGACAUGCGCAGCCUGCUGGACUUCAUGUACCGCGGCGAGGUGUCCGUCGACCAGGACAGGCUCACGGCAUUCCUGCGCGUCGCCGAGUCCCUGCGCAUCAAGGGGCUCACCGAGGUCAACGAGGACAAGUGCGACCUGCCCAGCAUCACCUCGUCCCUGCUCGGCAACCAGAACGCCUCGCAGCCACCGCCGCCCAGCCUACACCGGAUCAACCAGCUCGGCCAGCACCACCACAUGCCACAGAAAAGGUAUCACCACAUGUCGAGUCAUCCACUGCUGGGCUCGGCGCUGACGGCGCCGAAACGCAAACGCGGCAGGCCGCGAAAGCUGAGCGGCUCGUCGGACACCCCGAUGGACACCAGCCUCGGCCAGGACCAGCAGUGCUCGGGCGCGGAUCUCGUCCAGGGCUCGCCGGAGAUGAUGGAGAUGAAGAUGGGCCUCGACUUCCAAAGCGAGGCCGCGCAGAACAGCAGCGCUGGCAGCAGCGCCUCCAACGCAAGCAACAACGCCAACAACGGACAAUCCACGCCGUCCAAGACGAGAGACGAGCCCACGGAGAACGGCACCGACCAAGCAGAGUCAGGUCUCCUCGUCAGAAUCAAGGGCGAGCCCGAACCCACCCCGGGUACCUCCGCGCAAGGCAAGGACGAGGCAUUCACGCGGCCGCUGAGUAGACAAGGCAGUGAAAGUUUCAAGCAAGACGGCGAGGACACGACAUCGAGCUGCGGCGACAACCAGUCACCGGGCGGCGGCAACAACAGCCAUGUGCGCAUCAACUUCGAGAAGUGCUUCCGCAAGGAGUACAACUCGAUGCCGGGCAAAGCCGAGCCGGCCGACGAGGAGUCGGAGCAGGCCUCGUCGAAGCUGUCCUCGAAGCAUCAACAGGACAAUCUAACCAGUGCCAUAUUGAAUCUGGUCGCGGGCAGCGAGUCCGAGAUCAGUCAGUCCGAGUUCGAGGGCUCGUACAGCAAGUCCGGAGCCGCGGGAGGUGGCGGUAGCGCGAGCGGAGGCGCCGGCGCCGGUUCCGGCGAGACCGAGAGGGCCGAGGGCUCGGUCCGCGACUUCUGCGUGAAGGAGGGCGACGUCUACCGGUGCACCGUCUGCCAUCGCACCUACACCCACAUCAGCAACUUCUGCCGGCACUACGUGACCUCGCACAAGCCCAACGUCAAGUACUACCCGUGCCCGGUUUGCUACAAGGAGUUCACGCGCAAGGACAACAUGGUCGCCCACGUCAAGAUCAUCCACAGUCUCAAGCCCCACAUGAGCCUGACCGGCAGCGCGUCCGCGGGCCUCGGCCAGCAGCGAUAGGCUGCAGCCCCCUUACCGCUGCCGCGCCCGCCGCUCAUGAUUCUGCAAUAACUUUAAUAUUGCGCGCGAGCGCGAGCGGGCGAGCUCGAUGAUGCCAAAUACAUUAUAUAGGUUACUCUAGGGGAAACCGACAGUCUGUGUGUCUGUGCCAAGAGAGAGAGAGAGAGAGAGAGAGAGAGAGAGAGAGAGAGAGAGACGACGCUCGUUGUCUCGCUGAGCAUUGCGUGUGUGGUUCGUGCAGUUCUGGAGUGAAUUUCUACCGUGUGUCAUACACACACGCAUACACGUACUCAUAACUGGAGUUCAAAUUAAUCCAUUAAUUAUAAUAAAUACGGACGGACGGACGGACGACGUUUUCGGAGAGGCGCGAUUUUCCGCAUAUACGGCUCUUUUUAGACACUAAUGGAGUAUAUUAUAAGUCAUUUGAUAUAUAGUCUAUGAAGUUAUAUACGAUAAAUGUUGAUGUUUUAAGAAUUUUAUCAUUUUAUUUCGAACUGUAAGUGUUCUCGUAUGGUUUUAGCGUAAAAUCUACAUUUUUUUUAGAACGAGCUAAAUUGUGCGCUUGCGUUCGGAUCAUAUUGGAGAACAGCCUCGCGAGGCUUAUAAAAUGAGAGCCGAGAGAGGAAAUCGCUUCGGAAAACGUCGGCCCGCAUAAUAAUUUGACAAAAACAAGUGUUCUAUCAAUCGUACAAAGUCAAAAAUGACGCAUUCGAGCUUAAAAAAGAAGAAACUAGUUUUUCACUCCAAACAGCGUGUAGGCAAAGAAGAGUCAGUGGGGGUCGUUGAGUAAACUAGAUUCUAGAGCUUAGAAAUCGGUCAAUUAGUGUCAUCAGGAUUUUAGAUUCUUUAGGUGUAUAAUAUGCCCAUGAUGUGUAAUUAGACGAUUAUACGACAGAGUAACGUAGCAAAGAUCGAGCCAGUUGCGUGUACAUAAACUCGAAACAUAUUCUGAGGAAAAUAUAUUAAUACAGACGAAAAGUCAAGCCGAAGAGAACUCAUUAUACACAAGCUACAUGCUACGCGUGUUCGCGAGAGUAAUUAAAAUACAAAAUACAAGGAGAGGGAUUGAAAAGCGAAAAAAUAAUUUAAUACGGUACAGACCGGAGACGCGACGCGUUUCCUCGAUGAGCUCGGGUGCACGCGCGCGUCACCCACAUACUUACGGUGAACCUCUCGAAGUGCCCUUACAAUCCGCAACCGUAUUUGAGCUUUUCUAUUUUUUCCCGCCUAUCCUCCUUUGUAAUUCUAGUCGACGUUUGUACUCUCCGAGCGCGAGGUAUCAUCUUCUCCUUCCUCUCGUCUCCUCGCAGCGAGGAAAAGGAUAGUGGAAUGAAAAAAAAAUGUUAUAUGUAAUUUCUCAUCGAGGAAAGCGCGCGUUCGUUUGCCGAUUAUGUACAGGAAACACUGUAACAAGUUGUUCGAUCGAGUGCCAAAUAUCUAAAAGAUAAAAACUAAAAUUUAACCAACAAAAUAUCUAAACAAUUAACGUGGAGGUGCGUUUUUUCUCAUGUCAAUUCGUUUAUGAAUUUCGGAAACCCGAGUGGCACGCGACUUUUAUUUUCGCGUGUUCAUCGAACACGCAUUUAUACACGGACUCGCGUAUGUAAACCUGCUCAUUUCUAUAUCUAUACUACUGUAUGUUUGGAUAGAUUUGAAUACGACUAGUAGGAUGCAAUUUACUAUUUAUAUGAACAUGUUAACCACUAAAGAAUUGAGGUUCUGCCAUUUUAACUAUGUGAUUGAUCUAUAAAAUUUGUUGAAUACGGAUAAUUUUAAUUGGAUAUGUUGAAAGUUAUUAAGUUGUUAAAAAAUGUUAAAGUAGUUAGAUGCGUAAUAGAUAAUACAAUGUAUUCGAUUCUAUUGUUGAAUAAUUCGUUGAUUAGACUGUGUUGCCAAAACAUCAAACUGUCCAGUUCAUUUGGAGCUGGUGUUUUAAAAAUGUAACUCACCGGUAGAUUUCUUUAACUGUAGAAAAUCUGAUAAUCAUUUCUCUCUACGGUUUUCACGACUAAACUGGAUUUAAAACUCGUUAGUCGUACAUUCAUAGAAUUCUUUCGUACAAUGACUACUAUUAAUACGUAAUUUAGUGUGUUCAUAUUACUCCAAAAAAGAAACUUGUGUCAUAAAAUAGAUUAAUGAGCUAAUGGGCAUUACGUUCACUCGAAAAAUUCUUACAUACGCGAGACAUAAAUAUUAGUGUUUCGAACAUGCACUGAGAAACAGAAUGAUGGAAAGUCUAAUGAAGUUCGGUCAAAUUUUCGAAACGUUUCGUUAUCUCGCGUUCAUGUCGUCGUGGACGGCGUGACUUCGUUAUUAAAAAAAGUGCAAUUCGUAUAUUCUACACGGUUGAUUAAUAUUUAGGCAAAGUGAAGUAAAAGAAUUUUAACUAAAAUUCACUACUGAAAGGAAAAUGCAAAACAAAAUGAGGCAACUUUAAAAAAAAGAAAAGAAUAAUACAAAGAAAAUAUAUUUACACUGCGAUGAAAUUAUGUUAAUGAGAAUAUAUAAAUAUAUAAAAUAUAUACAGUAUAUUAUAAUGCAAAAAAUCAAACGUUGUUAUGCGUACGACGCAUAUAAAAAAAGAAAAAGACACACUUAAAGACAAAUAACCGAUAACAUGCCAAUGCAAUAGAUUGCAGGCGAGUAAGAUUAGCGCGUUUUUAAUGGAAAAUAUGCAAAUUGUCGGCGGUUACUCAUAGCUGAGUAAAAUAAUAAACAAUAUAAUUAAGGGAAUCACGUAGACUGAGUAAAUGCAAUAUACACGUAUAUGACGAUCAUUCGCCAUCUUGUUAUAAAGAAAACAAAGCAAACAAGCGUCGUGUGUUUCAAAGAACUCGUUUUUAUACAUAACAAUACAAAUAUAAGAAGUUAAAUAUCAACCGGUCGCACGGGAAUAAUCACCUUAGUGUACAGACACCGCGUACUCGAUAUGUUAUACAAAAUGGGGUAGGGAGAGGGUUAAAUUGACGUUUGUGCAAGUGUGGACAUAUAGGUACGUGAAAGCUGUCGAACUAGAAAAUAGCAACGACGAUUUUAUCGCGGAACAGGAAAGAAAGCUGAAAUUGGAGUUAUAAACAAACGAGCGGAUUGCGCAACUUUUUUUUUUGUUUCUUAAAGACUGCAGAGGGACGGUUCAAACGACACCAAAUACAAGAUAGUACUGACAUUGGAUAGACUGAAGGCACUUUAGUAGUAACUUAAAAAAGCGAACCAUUCCGUUUCGUCUCUGCCGAGCCAUUUUAAUUAUCAUUUGUUGCCCCUUAUAGUGUUUUUAUAUAGAUAGUAAAUUUAAAAACGGAGAAAAAGAGAAUCACCAGUGAUUAAAUAUAUAUUCGUUAUUUUUUUUUGUUUUUUUUUAUGUCGAAUGUUAAAAUGUAAGCCAUAUAUACGUGUAAGAUUAUGGAAGCCGUUAAUUUACCGAACAAGAUAAAAAUUGAUCUUUUGUUUAUUGGCACGGAUGGAGUUUUAACAAGUGCUCUAUUUUUAUUUUAAAUGUCGAAAAUAAAUUUAUUUUUAUUCCACGUUAAAUGCAAUAUUACCAUUAUUUUUGUUCGAAUAUAAAUAAUCUUUUGAUUUGAGUUUUUGUAUGUCAAAUUAAAAUUACCGCAGUAGUGCCGAAAAAUCUAUUUGAAUCAAUUACAAUUUGAUAAAUCGAAUUUAAUUGAUAAAGAAAUAGUAAAAAAAAGGUUUGAGACGAAACGAUCGAUGGAUUAUAACGGUAAUAGGCUUAGUCGCGACAAGACAGCACUAAAAAGUACGAUAGUAGCUUACUAUAUUUUGCACCUUAAACACUCUGUCACUACCCUCGUCGGGGUUGUUGUUCUCUUUUUUUAAAUAUUAUUAACGAUAGUAAUUAUAUAUUUUUUCGUGUAAUUAUUAUCAAAUAAUGAAGUAAAAUCAUAUGCAAGAGGCAGGUGUUUAUGAGCCGGUUUUAAAAGUUAACACAUAUAAAGUGAAAAAUAUUUGCCGAAAGAUUCUGUUUAUUCUUUUUCACUUGCUGGGCAUAGACAUGUAGAAGACUAGAGGCUAUAUUAAUAAUUAAUUGAUUAACCGAUUGAUUAUUAUUAAUACUAUUAAUUAUUAACUUUAACGAUUAUACGAUUUUUAAGAUCGAUAACUAUAUUAUGUUGUUUUUUUUUUGUUUCCGUGAGUGGAAAGGAAAGGAAAAUAAAAUAGUAAAGGAGACCAGUGUUUGUUAGUUCGUUGUUUAGUGAAAUAAAUACGGAACGUAUAAGAGGUUUUAGGAGUCGUUGGUACGAGGAAUCGGGCGACGAGUCAAUAUUAUGAAAAAGUGUUUUAGUGUCGUAGGUUUAAACAAGACAAAGGGUUUUUUCAUUUAUAUCAACUAACGCGCUUCGAAGAGAGACGCUUUAUUUUCGUUCUUUUUUUUAAACAAGCAGGUCGAGCGGAUCGCGAAAACUUUUAUUUCUUUUGAAGUAUCGUUCUUGGAUCGAAAAAAGGAAGAGAAUUGACUGUGACUUUAUCCGGUUUCACAAGGUUCAAAUUUGUAUACAUCUUCUAUUGAAUGAACGUAAACGUAGAAUUCAGGCAGCCGAAAAGUCGAAUAGUUACGCGUAUAGAUUUUUUUUCUUAUUUUGUUAAUCGUAUACAAGAGGCCAGUAAGUUUUGCGGUCCAGUCUCGAAUGGGUAGUAGAACUUUACGCUCUUAUGUUACUUCUACAUAUAUUAUAUAUAUUUUUUCGUUUUUUAAUGUUUAGGGCAAUAAAACAAAGUGGCAUCUACGCUAAUAAUACAAAGCAAUUACAAAGUGGGCAGCGGCUAGACAGCUUAUCGUCAUUUACACUUUUUUUUUUUUAUUUUAACGAGGAUAAUAAUGUAAUAAAAUGAGGAAAAAAACAAACACAUUUGAUAAUCACUGAGAGGCUAAGACUAACUCGACUUUGAGGACGAGAGAGCGUUAAGGGUGCGACUAAUGAAGGAAUAAUGACGCUGAAAAAAGUAGGGUUCGCGAUAGCGAUUGUUGUUAUGUGUUGGCGAUAUAGGUAUCGAAAGAAUUUAUAUUGAUCAUCAGGAAGUCGCUGAGCGACGCGAACUAAGCUUUUCUUCGUUCAAUGUUUCAGUAUGUGAAAAAUCAUCUACAAGCAGCUAAAUUGCGUGAAUUAAAAUAAAGUAUAGGUUUCUAAGUUUGUUCAAAAUUAUUGAUAAUAUUAAAACGUUUGAGACAUAAGUGGUUAUUUGCAAAAUUUUGACCGAUUUUUAACGAUGUACACACGUAGUGCUUAAGAUACAUUACAUCUUGGAGAAAAAUGUAGUAUUAAGGAAAAAUUGUGCCUUUUACUUCGUAAUACUAUUAUGAUUUACAAGUCGACGACGUGAUAGACAAUCUUUCAUGUAGGACAUAAUGAGAAAUAGUCUUUAGAGAAGCAUCAGAAGCUAAAUCGGGUGUCGCAGUGAUACCGAAAAAUUUCACAUACGAGAAGCUAACGUUCGAAAAAGAAAAACUUAGCUCAGGUGUCUCGAGCUGACGUCGGCUGAGAAUGGACAGCAAUAUCAAAAUGAAUAAGAGUCGUGAUAAAGAGAGCGGAUAUAAAAGUUUGUUCGACGAGAAGCGCGCAGGUCGAAGAGCUGCUUUGAGAAUACGAGGCAUAUAAAAAUAUAAAUAUUCUAUAUUAAAUAUACGACUAUACAUAUAUAUGAUAAUUUAAGGCGCGAUCGAGUCGAGGCAAAAGAUGAGAGGAAGAACAGUGUGAAUUAUGAUGAAAGAAAAAACAAAUUUAUAGAGUGUAUAUAUAUAUAUAUAUAUAUAUAUAUAUAUAUAUAUAUAUAUGCAGUGACUUUUGCAAUGCAGGUGUGCCAGCUAAGCGGUGUUUGUUUAACAAUUACACGCAUUUCGCGUCUUUUCUUUCUCAUCUGAUUCGUAACUCUUAACAGCUUCUUCUUAUACUAUCUCUACAGCUCACUUUGAAAAAGCGGGGCAAAUAGUCAACAUACGUGUAUAUCAAAUGUUACGUUAUAGGAGUGCAGCGUUUUUCUUUACUCUUUUUCCUCCUUCGUUGUUGCAUUGUGUGUAAGCGACUCGUAUCUUGGCACUCUUGCGGAGCGACGUCACCUUUACGCCUCCCACACCCCACCAACCCCCCUAACCCACCCGAGAGAGGUAAAUUACGAGGCUUAAAAAGCAGACUGUACUAUCGGAUAGAUUUAUAUAUAUAUAUAUAUAUAUAUAUAUAUAUAUAUAUAUAUAUAAUAUUUACAUAUAUAUUAAAGAGGACAAAAUGAAAGAAGCAUAGUUUAUUACAUAUUGCAUUCGUACGCGAAAGAAAGAAAGAAAGAGCUAGAGAGAGAGAGAGAGAGAAAGUACGAACGAUUAUAGAUAGAGGAUGCGAGAAUAGGUAAACAAAAAUUGGGCGCCCACGCGCUUUGAAUAUGUCACGUACACGGCGGAAAGAGUGCAUUAUUAUAUUAUAUAUAUUGCAGUGAUUAUUUUAUUGAUUAUCAUUAUUAAGUAUCUUUAUUAAUUAUUAUUAUGAAUUAUGAUUAUUACUAUAUAUUAUAUAUAAACAAAAGUUAUAUCGAAUAUAUUUUAGCUAUAGUUGGUAAUUAAUACCUAUUAACGUCGUUGCAGAUUGUGAAAGAAAAGCGAUGCGUCAGAAAACGAAGACGAUUAAAUUAAAAGCAAAAAAGCAUCUAUCAUAGGCAAACAAAAAAAGACACGAAAAUAGUCACGUACACACACGUACGCGUAUACAUGUGGGGAUUAUUGAGUUUUAAUUUUUUAUAUACGUGUACGUGCGCGAGAGCGAGUAUGAGAGUGAGCGAGAGAUAGGGCGACGCGAGAAUAAGUAAAAAUAAAAACACAAAGUUGAAAUUUAAUUAAAACAAGUGUAAUUCGAGCGGGACGACCGUUUAAUCGUUGUAUUUUAAAGGCGACGAGGUAGUUGUGAUCCCCGGUUUGGUGCCUUUUUAAGCGAAAAUAAUAAGACAAAACGUUUAUCGGAGAGUAAAAGAAGCCGUGAAGUUUUAAACAAGCGAAGUAAAGCUGUAUGAGGCGGAUUUUAACAGAAAAAAUGAAUAAAAAAUUGUUAUUGAAAUAGCGAUCCUGCGCAUGCGAUCGCAAGUCUAGUGCCAAAUAAGUGAAACCUUAUCGCGUUAUAUAAGUAGGACGCUAAUAAUUACAAAGUUAUAACAAGAGGAAAUUUAACAAAAAAAGGUGAAAAAUUUUAUAAAUCAAAUUUUUUAGCGAGAAAGACGAGAGAAAGAGAGCGUAAGAAUGCGUGAAAGGGAGAAAGUGAAAAAGAGACGACGACGACGACGAGUCUUUUUCUGACGCUGGGUAGAAUUAGUAUAUUUUAUAUGCACUGAUUGUUUGAUUAUGACUAUCGAUAAUAAAAAAAGAACGGUGUUCAAUAGAUCGUAAUUUUCAAAAUGUUUUAUUCUCUGUACUAUGUCUCGCUCUGCUGACCGCAUUUCGUUUUAUUAUUAUUAUUAUUAUUUUCAUUAUUAUUCUUUUUGUUUUCCUUUGGUUUUUCCCUCGUCUUCUUUCGUUUUGUUUUGUAAAAGCCUUGUCGGCGAUUUCGCACACUAGCGAUCGCAAAGCCGACGCUGCAAAAGAAGACGAGCGAAAUUUAUGUAACGGGGAUACAAAGACGAGGACGCGUCUUUUCUGCAAGCGCUGUGUGAAAAACCGGCACUUCGAGCAUCAUCGUGCGAUCUUCGUUUUCUGUUUUCUUUUUUCCAAGCCAAAUAUAUAAUGCGUUUGUGUUCUUUUGCGAUGGCAAAAAGCUAACGUUCAUUGUGCCUAGUUUUAUGGUUUUUAUUGUAAUACCAAGUCAUUUGUUGAUUUUUUUUGCGCCCUCAUCUGUACAAGGCGUAGUGUGUGUAUAUAUAUAUAUAUAUAUAUAUAUAUACUAUAUAUAUUAUUUUUUUUAGUUGUUUAUCGUUUUUAAUCGACCUUAUUUCAUUGAUGUAAUUUCAAAGUGAAAAAACAAAGACACGAUUAAUAAAAUAUAUUGUAAAUUGUA